AUGGAGAAGAGAUCGGAGGAAGAGAAGCAAGCCGCUGCGAAAGCCGAAUAUGAGAAGCUUCUUACGAUGCGAUCUGGUGGUACCUAUAUACCACCUGCGCGCCUACGAGCUCUACAAUCCCAGAUCACCGACAAAUCGAGUAAAGAAUAUCAGCGAAUGGCCUGGGAAGCUUUGAAGAAGUCAAUCAACGGUUUAAUCAACAAAGUCAACGUCUCAAAUAUAAAACAUAUUGUGCCAGAGUUAUUCGGAGAGAAUCUGAUUAGAGGUCGAGGGUUAUUCUGUAGGAGCAUUAUGAAAGCCCAGGCUGCCAGUUUACCAUUCACACCAAUAUAUGCCGCCAUGGCCGCGAUCGUCAAUACAAAACUUCCCCAGGUUGGAGAGCUUCUGUUAAAGCGUCUAAUAGUGCAGUUUAAAAAAGGUUUCAAGAGAAACGAUAAGGCUGUUUGUCUUUCUGCCACCACGUUCAUUGCUCAUCUUUGUAAUCAACAAGUAGCAAAUGAGAUUGUCGCGGCCCAGAUUCUAUUGUUACUCCUCAAUAAGCCGACGGACGAUAGUGUGGAAAUCGCGGUUGGAUUGACGCGUGAGGUGGGUCAACAUCUCGAAGAGAUGAGCGGGCCUAUUGCCCUGGCGGUGUUCGACCAGUUCAGGAAUAUUUUGAAUGAGGCAGAUAUUGACAAACGGGUGCAAUAUAUGAUUGAAGUCCUUUUCCAAGUUCGAAAAGACAAAUAUAAAGACAAUCCUGCGAUCAAAGAAGAGUUGGAUCUUGUGGAGGAAGAAGAUCAAAUCACACACCGCAUGGCCUUGGAUGAUGAUAUUGAUGUCCAGGAUGGAUUGAAUAUUUUCAAAUUCGAUCCUGAAUGGGAACAAAACGAGGAAUUAUACAAACGACUCAAAGCGGAAAUUCUUGGAGAGGGAAGUGACGAUGAGGAUGAUGACGACGAGGAAGACGAUAGUGAGGAUGAUGAGGAGAAAAAAGAAGAAAAGGCUUUGGAAAUUAAGGAUCAGAGCAAUACUGACCUCGUCAACCUACGGCGAACCAUAUAUUUGACUAUCAUGUCUAGUAUCGACCCCGAAGAAUGUUGCCACAAGCUGAUGAAAGUUACACUGCCACCCGGACAAGAGCCAGAACUUCCCUCCAUGGUUAUUGAGUGUUGCUCCCAGGAGAGAACAUACUCAAAGUUUUAUGGACUCAUUGGGGAGCGGUUUGCAAAGAUAAAUCGUCUUUGGACCGAUCUUUUUGAACAAUCAUUUGCAAAAUACUACGAUACCAUACAUCGUUAUGAAACAAACAGGUUACGAAACAUCGCGAGAUUUUUUGGCCACCUUCUUAGCUCCGACGCUCUUGGCUGGCACGUUUUGUCUAUUGUACACCUUAAUGAAGAAGAGACAACAUCAAGUAGUCGUAUAUUCAUCAAAAUUCUUUUCCAGGAUCUAUCGGAAGCAAUGGGAAUGGCAAAAUUGCAAGCUCGCUUAAAGGACGAUAUACUGCGACCUUAUUUCGAAGGAUUAUUCCCUCGAGAUAACCCUCGCAACACAAGGUUCUCCAUCAAUUACUUUACAAGUAUUGGGAUGGGUGCUAUCACCGAAGAGAUGCGCGAAUACCUACAGAAUAUGCCAAAACCAGCGCUGCCAACCCUACCUGCGGCUGCUGCCGAUGCUACGUCGGACUCAGGAAGUUCUGUUUCUAGUUAUUCAUCAUAUACGGAAUUGCUUUUCGGCGCCACCAGCGCCCGUAUGACAACUUCAUCGCUUGAGUCAGCUGUUGGAGGUAUACCUUGCGAUUCAUAUUAUUUCACGAUGAACAUUAAGGAUCCGUCCUACAAGCUCGGGGGUACCUUUGGAGAAUUAUUGGUCGCGUGA